AUGGAAAAUUGUACCACAGUUACUGAGUUCAUCCUGGUGGGUUUCAGAGACCAUCCAAAGUUGGAAAUACCAUUUUUUAUUAUUUUUCUGGUAUUAUACAUCACCACUCUGGUUGGAAAUAGUUGUAUGAUCACAAUCAUAAAUGCUGAUCCUCUGCUUCAUACACCUAUGUACUACUUCCUUAGAAACCUAUCCUUCCUGGACUUCUGUUACUCUUCUGCCAUUGCUCCAAAAGCUCUAGUGAAUUUCCUUGAGAAGAAAAAUACCAUUUCUUAUGAGGGCUGUGUGGUGCAGUUGAUGCUCUUCACCAUCUUUGUUACCACAGAAUGUGUUCUUUUAGCUGUCAUGGCCUAUGACCGCUUCGUUGCCAUUUGCUACCCUCUCCUCUAUCCAAUAAAGAUGUCAAAGACUUCUUGCCAUCAUUUGGUAGCAGCUUCUUAUACAUGUGGUUGUGCCAAUGGUGUGAUACAGACUGCUGCUUCUUUCCAUCUCAGGUUCUGCAAUCACAGCAAGAUCAACCAUUUCUACUGUGAUAUCCCGGCUGUCAUGAAGGCUGCUGUCACAGAUACAUACAUCAAUGAAGUUGUGAUGUUCUCUCUCUGCAGUGUUGUGGUUCCCAUUAGUACAGGGGUGAUAUUCACUUCCUAUGCUUACAUCCUCUCCACCAUCCUCAAGAUGCAUUCUACAGAUGGUAGACAGAAAGCUUUUUCUACCUGUGCAUCUCAUAUAACAGCUGUAGUCAUCUUUUACGGGACUGCUUUUUUCAUUUAUGCUCAGCCAGCAGCCAUAUCGUCCCCUUCUCAGAGUAAAAUUGUGUCAGUGUUCUACACUUUGGUGAUCCCAAUGUUGAAUCCCCUCAUCUAUAGCCUCAGAAACAAGGAUGUCAAACAAGCUCUGAAAAGGACUUUGGGCAAAAGAAGGUUUGUUUCUAUAAGUUGA